AUGGUAAACGCACAAGCAAUAGUUGAUCAAGAUUAUCCUCAAGGAUUUAGUAAUCUAGAAGUUCUUAAAUGUUCAAAUAAUCUAUUAACUGAUAUCGAUUUUUCGGAUUUAAAUCCAGACAAAAUAAGAGAGAUUGAUUUAGAAAAUAAUAAACUUUCAGCCAGAAAGUUAACUUACUUUAGUAAAUUUGUUAAUUUAGAAAGUAUACAUGUAGAUAGCAGUUUUCAUGGAAGUUUAGAACCUUUGAAAAACUUAACAAAAUUAAAGAUUAUAACUAUUGCCGGCACUAAUAUUGACAGUGGCUUAGAACAUUUACCAGUUAGUGUAUGUAGUAUUGGUUUUUUGGAUAAGAAUUCGUAUUGGAAACGUGAAAAUUUAGGCUGUCUGAAAAUUUUUGCGCAAUUAGAUGAAUAUUAUUCAUUAACCUCUUAUAUUAUUGAAAGAAAUUAUUUUAGCGAAAAAAAUUAUAGAGAGAAUUAUGCACUAGAAGCUUGGAGAGUAGAAAAUAUUCCUGAAUAUCGAAAAAAGAAGUUCGAAAAAUUCGAAAAAAGAAUAAAAAAUGAAUUUCUUUCUUUAAAAUCUCAAUUGACCAAGUUAGAAGAAAUAUUCGAACAACGAAUAAAACCUUUAGAUUUAAAGAACCUAAUUCCACAAAAAAUCAAGGAGAAAAAAGCGGAUAUAACUGAUAUUCUUCAUAGUGGAAAAGGUACUAGUGCUUACCUUCAUGAUGAGAUUAAAGAAAUGCGAAGAAAAUUAUCAGAUUAUAAAAAACUAGAACUACAUUUACAAGAAGCAAAAAAUCUAAAUAUUGAUUUGGAAAAAAUCAAGUUCAUUUGCAAAGAAGACAAAAACGGAAUUUAUAAAGGCGCUUAUAGAAAAUUAAAUGAGACUGAUGAAAAUAUAUCAAAGCUGAGUUGUUAUUUCAAAAAAUCAGAAACUAAGAUAUAUUAUUAUGAAAUCGCUCUUAAAGAUUUUGUUCAAGACGCAGCGCUUCUUGAAUUGGUAAAACAUACUGUUGAAAUUCAAAAGCUAACUCAAAGAUUAUUAGGUCGCCGACACACUCCGGGUUCGAGUAAAAAAUAA